AUGAAGAACUCUGGGACUGCAAUGGCGGCUAUGUUAGUCAGUCGUGUCCUGUUGCCUCAAAGGCUUUCUCAGCAUCUUCCUAAGGUUCCGUGGGUCAGAAUGUUAAGUUCUGACACUAGUGAUAAUGGAGAAAAACCAAAGAUAUCAGUGGAAGACCACACGCCCACCCUCUCUGAUUUAAAAGAAACACUCAAGGGAAUAAGUACAGAAGCAAGCCGGCCAGUUGUGCAAGCAGUGAAAGGAGAAAAAGAACAAGUUGUAAAAAAAUCAUUCCUAGAGAUUCUUAUUCCCAAAGUGUCACAAACCAAGGGAGCGAUAAAAGGAAAAGAAAAUGGAAUUGCGAAGAAGGGCGAGGGAAAAAUUUCAGUCGGUGGUGUCCUUUCCUUCUUGGCGAAACCCUCACAAGAGCCUAUAGGGAACAAAAGUCUGAAGAGUAUUCGAGAAAGGUCAUUGGGAAAUGCUAGUGAGCUGAGAAAAAGUAUUAUGGGUGAUAAAACGAAUGUCAAAUUUCCAGCAUGGGAAGGAGAGAGAUCACAGUGGAUAGAAAAGAGCCUCGAGGACUUCGAGAAGGCACAGACUAACUCGACUACUGCUAAGGCACAAAAAACUGAUCCCAAGCUGAAUGAGAAAAUCAAAAAGGUACUGUCAGGACUACAGGUGGGACCUCAAAAGAGUGGAACAGCUGAGAGGCUUGUUGCGGCAGCGGAAAACUGGGGUAAAACCCUCAACACUCGAAAGAGAUUGAUUCAAGAGGAAUACUUACAGCAAACCACACAGAAUUUGUCAGAGGCACCAAGCUGGGUGUCAUUUGACGAGGGCGAGAAGACUGGGUUAUUUGAUAACGUCUUCAAGGAGGCAAAACACGGAAAGUUGAACCCCAUCUCUCAAUCUGAUUUUUUGUUCCAUCUCUUCGUCACAAACAGGUUCCAGACCCAAGAGUCAGUAGGAGUGUUGAGGAAUUCAUUCAGUGAACAAGUGAGGCUUUCCAACAGGCUCUGGACAUACCCAAUAGACAAUGAAGUGUGUAACUCAGUAGAAGAACAGAACACCAGUUUUGAAGAGCAUGUAUUUCUGGAGUACUUAUUGGAUGAGUUUCCUAAUAAAGGUCCAGUUCGCCGUUUCAUGGAAUUGGUCAUCAAUGGAUUACAGAAAAAUCCAUUUUUGACUGUGGCACAGAAAAAGGAAAGAGUUGGAUGGUUUCAUGAUUAUUUUGCCAAUUUUUCUGAAGAGGACCUUAAUUUCUGA